AUGAUUUGUCUAAUUAUUCAAAAAGACAUUGUGAAUUCUUGUGCUAAAGAAACGUUGAAAGCAAUUGUUGAAGACUUAAACAGAGAUUACUUUGGAAUAUUAGUUGAUGAGUCUAAGAAUGUCUCUCAUAAAGAACAAAUGACCCUUGUUCUGCGAUAUGCAAACAAAGAGGGUAAGCUUAUUGAGCAAUUUCUUAGUGUUAUUCAUGUUAAAGAUACAUCUGCACGGUCACUGAAAGAUGCAAUAUGUUCUUUGCUUUUAGAUCAUAAUUUGAGUUCUUCUCAUAUUCGGAGAAAAGGUUAUGAUAGAGCUAGUAACAUGCAGAGAGAACUCAAUGGUCUUAAAACUUUGAUUAUGAAAGAUACUCCUUCGGUAUAUAGUGUACAUUGCUUUGCUCAUCAAUUACAAUUGACUCUUGUAGCUGUUGCAAAGAAGCAUCACGAGGUAGAUCAAUUUUUUGAUAUGCUCACUAACGUUUUGAAUGUUGUUGGAGGAUCUUUUAAGCGCAGGGAGAUGCUUAGAGAUGAUCAAAUAAAAAAAUUAAAAGAAUUAUUAAUGCUCGGUGAAGUUUAUACAAGAAGUGGAUUGAAUCAAGAACUUGGACUUUAA